AUGGAGCAUCUCAUGAGAGUUCAAUACUAUUGGAAGAGAGGACGUGUUAUCUCUGGGGCUUAUGAGCAAGGAGGAAAGAAGUUUGUUUUGAAUCGACUAGCCAGUGAAGGGCCACCAAACUUUUCAGACGAUCCUAUUGAUGUAUCAUUGCCGGAGAUUCUCAAUCCAAUUGAGAAUCUUGAACAACUAUUUAUUGCAACAUUUACUGCUGGUAUACCGUUGUUUCUGUCCUACUGCGAGAUUCCAGCUGAUCUACUACCUGUUACCAUAGCUUGCCACAAUGUUGAAAAUUGUUGGGGUUCGAGCCCUAAUAAAAGAAGUUCAAAGCCUUAUCCAGAUUUUCCAAACCUGGUUAUUAUUUAUCCUCCAUUUCCUGAGGUGAUAGCAUUUGGUCAAGACCUAAGUAAAUCAGCCAUUGGUUGCCAUCAUCCAAAGUUGCUUGUGUUGCUAAGGAGAGGUAGUCUCUGUGUUGUGGUCACAUCUGCUAAUUUGGUGGUAGAACAGGCCCCCACCUGUUUUCUUGGAAAAGCCAGUACAGUUGGCCUAGAAAAGGCAGUAGAAGUUUUAGAUACACUUGGCAACAGCAUGAGAAAUUUGAAUUCUCGAGGCUUCAUGACUGGAAUGGCAUCUCGACAAGACAAAAUAUCUAUUCUAGCAUUUGAAAUUGCAAACACCAUCACCAAAGCUGCAAAUUUAUUGCAAUCUCUUUCUGAAGAAAAUGUCGAGUAUUUAAACAAGGAACUUCUUCCUUCAAAAGGUGUGCAACAGUUGGUUUCUACUAACAUGAAGGAUCUGCUUACUAUAGUUGCUCAUGACAAAAGGGAGGAUUUUGCUGUUUUCUGUUGUGAAGUCAUCAGAUUUGGAGAUAUGUGUAAAGACCCACAAUGGCACAAUCUAGGUCGCUAUUUUUCCAAGUUGGACAUGGACACUGUUACUCAUAAACAGCUAAGAACAGAGGCUGAAAUGACAAUGCAGGAGCUGAUAACUCUGGCACAACAUACUUCUGAACUGUAUCAUGAGCUUCACGCACUGGAUAAAUUUGAAAAGGAUUAUCAAAGAAAAAUUGAGGCAUUAAUUUUUUUAAAACUGUCUCUCGAAGGAGAACAUGCCAUGAUGUUAGAAAGCGAGCUAAAACAUCAAAGAAAAUCUGUGAGGAACUGGAAAAAGAAGAGUCUUUGGUUCAAGAGUCUGGAGGAGGUUGUAGAGAAGCUUGUUGGCAUUGCUACUUUUAUUCAUCAAGAGAUUUCAGAGGCAUAUGGAUAUGACGUAGGGUUGACAUCCUCGCCUAGAAGAAAAUCAGAAACACUGGGAGAAGCUGGUCUUGCUUUACACUAUGCUAACUUAAUUACUCGAAUAGAUGCCAUUGCCUUAUACCCCACUUCUCCUUCUGAUAACAUGAGGGAUGCACUAUAUAAUGGAUUACCCCCCAACGUGAAGACAUCCCUUCGUUCUCGGUUGCAGGCAGUCACUAAGGAAGAGCUCACACUUUCUCAGAUCAAAGCAGAUUUGGGAAUAACACUUCAGUGGCUUGUUCCAAUAGCUACAAAUACUAAAAGAGCACUUCAAGGUUUCGGGUGGGCUAAUACUGGAAAUGAUUUAGGCAAGAUGAGUCGUGGACACAAGAAGAUCAUUCGGUUGCAAACUCUGUAUCAUGCAGACAAAGAGAAGAUGGAUGAACUUAUCAUUGAACUCGUGACAUGGCUUCAUCACAUGAUCAGCCUGAGAAGAUCCAAUAAGGCUUUCCCACCAAAAACAUCCAAGGUGCGGUUCUCUGAGGAAGAUAGAAACUUAUUGGAGAAGGUAAUGCAGAGAGGAAUGUUGGUUCCAGGAAUAAGCAAAAGCCAGGAAUUCGUCAUGUCCAAGAAACAUGUCCAGCGUCUAAGUAAAAGCACUGGUACUUCUCCACAUACAUAGUUCAAAGCCUAACGUAUUAGAUUAAACAGUUUGAGCUUCUAAACAAACGUCUCAAGAUAUUUUUUCGAUACACAUCCUAAUUCUAUAGGGUGGCAAAUGACAAUAACUCAUUAAGGGUUCUAAAGAUUAUAUUAUCUUUGAUCACUACUCAUGGCUAGUGAAGUUUGACUGGAAAGAGUUUUUUGUGUAGUAAAUGUUGUAUGGGUUUCUAUGGGGUGGCAAAUGGCAAUAAUCAUCUGAAGCCCUCUUUACAUGUUUGACAAAACCUGGAUUCUUUCUCAAGUGUAAAUC